UGCAGUUCGUUUCACGAAUUGUUCUGUUAAAUUAGUCGUUUAAUGUAAGUUUUUGCUUCAGAUAAUCAGUUCAGACUCAUUCUUGGAAGCAUGAGUUUAAAUUUUAAGUAAAAUUAUUAUAAAAUAACAUCAAUUUUAAAAGAUAAGUACAAAAACAUGAGAAUCGUUGUUAAUUGAUUAAACAAUUUUAUGAGACAACAGUGAGCAACAAAAGAAAUAUCUACUAAAAUAUUAAAAAGAAAGAAAAAAAACCUUUUUGAAAGAGAUUAUAAAAUACCAAAAGAUUAUCAAAGUGCACUUAAGAAGUAGUUAAAAAAAUUUAAUUAAAAUGCUGCCUGAAGAAGUUUCACAUAUCGGCGACGGUAUCAUUCAAGUGUCAAAGCCAGAAUAUCUUAAAAGAAUUCAAGUUGAAGCAGACAUUGAUCAACACUACAUUGUGGAAGAGAAACCAUUUGCAAGACGCCACGCCAUGUCUGAUGUAAUGCAACUGCAAAAGCAGCAAAUGCAGCACAAACAAAGCUUAUUUGAAUUAAAUAGAAAAAAUCUCUAA